UCUAAUCCACUGAUUAGGCACUAGCACCUGACCUGUCCAAGAAGAAUCUGCAUUGAAUCCCUUAUCUAUGCCUGUCCUCAAGCACCAGGCCAAGCGUCAGAGGAAGAAGCCCGUCGCCUGCCAUCGCUGCCACACCCACAAGGUCAAAUGCUCUGGAGAACAGCCUUGUGCUAGAUGUCGUCAGGCCGGCUGUGAUGACGAGUGCCAAUACACUCUGCGCGACCGCAAGUUGAAAGUCAACGAGAGCUAUCUGGACCAGAUUCUCUCUGAGAAUAAUCAAUUGAAGGAGCAACUACGCUCUUCUCAUACUCCCCAGUCAUCGCCCGCUCAUCUAUCAGAUACACUUGCGCCGCAGGACCCGUAUCCUGCAGUGCAAAAUCCACUUAUAGGCGAGCGCGCAUGGUUCUAUCCGUAUGAUCCAUCCGCCCCUCCGAUCUACAUGGGAGAGGCUGCCUGCACGGCCUUUGCAACAAGGCUGCGGCAAUUUAUAACCGAUGAUCCAACUACGUCGCACGUUGCUCGGACCCAGUAUACCCCCGAGUCGUUGCUAGUCGAAGCCGAAACGCAUUGGCCGGGACUCGCCCAGGCCCGUCUAUUGGUUCGCAUUGUAUUCAAUCAACUCAGCCGUGUCUACCAUUUAUUCCUGAGGAAGUCUACCCUGGAGCAGCUAGAAAGUAUUUAUCGCACUCCGUCAUUGCGGGAUGACCCGGCCUUGACCUGCAAAUUCUUUGCUCUCUUUGCCCUAGGGGAGGUCUACUCUGCUCGUACUGUCUCAUCGUCUGGAGGUCGAGUACCAGGCACGAGAUACUAUGUACGCGCCAUGAACCUCAUACCAAUAAUGCCGGAAAGGCCGGGAAUGAUUCAUGUUGAAAGUCUGCUGCUGCUGUCAUUAUUUUCAUACUUUCUGAAUAGACGUCAUUCAGGAUAUAUGCUCGUUGGAAGUGCAAUGCGUCUCGGUCUUAUCUUGGGCUUGAACCACAAUAUCCCUGCUCGCCAAUGUACCGACCCCGUCGAGCGUGAGCAUCGCGCACGGCUUUGGUGGGGUAUCUACAUUUUUGACCGCAUGUAUACAUCUAAAAUCGGAUUCCCUCUCCAAAUCCGGGACGAGGAUAUAUACGUUGAUAUGCCUGCAGAUGUUGAAUCUCCUGUGGCGGGAGAGCAGUUCUCAGACACGGCUUAUCUAGUUUCUAGCAUUCGCCUGGCCCGCAUAACCGGGCAAAUAAUAGACAAGAUAUAUAGCCGCAAGCACCACCAAGAAUCGUUCCUUCAAAGGGAACAGCAGCUCUUGCUUGCAUUACAGGAAUGGCUGCAAUCGCUUCCAGCCCACAUCCGAUUGAGGCCGGAAGAAUCUCCACCUAAGCACAUUGCCUCUCUUCAUCUUCAGUUCAACCAAUGUGUGAUUUUGGCAACACGUCCAAUCAUUCUUCAUGUUCUCUUCCAACGACGCGGCCAGCGCGAAAGCCAAGAAGACCUUCCACAGCCGGUUGGCACUCUGAGUGAAGCUUGUAUUCAUGCUGCAAGGCAUUCGCAUGCACUAGUCAUCGACGAAUGGGUCAAUGGAUCACUGCCAAUGUAUGGAUAUUUCUAUGCUCAAUAUCUUUUCUCUGCUGUCAUUGUGCUGGUAAUAUCGAGUCUACUGCCAUCCAUCGGAAAUCCUGCCGAUAUCGAGUCUCUUGACACAGCUAUCGAAAUCCUCCACAGAAUGAGUGAUCAUGGAAACCUUGCAGCCGCCGAGUUCUAUGAGAAUCUCAGACGUGUCAAACAAGUUCUACCAACAGAUAAGAGUGCUAAUGUCGAUCACGAUAACCAAACUCAGAUGCCAGGACAAGCUCUCUAUAGCCCCAUAAUCCCAACCAACGGCGCGCACGUUAUGGAACCUGCUGCCGCUAAUUUUGCUGGGUUUACCACGGAGAUGGCAUUCUUGGAACCUACUAUGCAAGAGUUUCUGGGCAGGUCGGACAAUGAAAUGGACUUGGUUGAUCCAGAUUUACUCACAAUUGAGGGAGCAGCAGGGCUCAACGCUUGGCCAACGCCAUUCUGGACAUCUUGACCAUGGCUUGCUGAGAUACCGAAAUCUUACUGUCGUUGAAAGAGUUACAUUAUGAUACCCGCCUGUAUAUGCCAUUUUUUUCUAAAAAGUAUAAAAUACCUCGUGCACU